AUGGAUGUAAGUUCACUGGUACCGGCGGGUUUUCAAGCGGGCCAAGUGGAUCUGUGCGAGGUCCAGGCUGGUUACAAUAAGUUCUCGGAGAAUUUGCGGAAAUUCACGCCGCAGGCGAUACAGUGCGCGAUCUUUUGCGGCGGUUCUAGGUGCAAAUAUGAAAACCCAAAAGCCUGGCCGCCUGUGCACAUGGCAAUACAGAACAUCUUUUCGCAUUGGGUGACAGACGACGUUCUCGCGAUGGCACGACCGAACACCGCGCAGAUCAUAAAAAAGGACAUAAUUGCACAGUUUCAAGGGUGGAGUAUAAGAACCAUAAUAAACCUACAAACGCCGGGGGAGCAUGCGAGCUGCGGUGGCCCCCUCGAAGAAAGCGGCUUCACUUACGACCCUAACGUCUUCAUGAAACAUGGCAUUUACUAUUACAAUUUCGCGCUGAAGGAUUACGGGGACGCGACCAUGAGCAAACUUCUGGACAUGGUCAAGGUUGUGGCGUUUGCGGUGCAAGAAGGAAGAGUGGCGAUCCAUUGUCACGCUGGGCUCGGAAGAACAGGCGUUCUGAUCGCGUGCUACCUUAUUUACAGCCUUCGUGUAAGAGCGAACGACGCGAUACGAUUCGUUCGCAUGAAGCGACCGUCGGCGAUACAGACCCGUGGUCAGAUACUCUGCAUCCAGGAAUUCGAGCACUUCGUACUUCCUCAGAUGAUCGUUUUCCCUCUGAACAGUGCAAUAGGCGAGCGCAAACCUUGCAGCUUCCAGUCACACUUGAAGAAGCAACACAACGUUCUUCACGGAUACGAGCAACGUACAUUCAAACACAUUCCAAAGGUCGUAUUCACGAUUUGCGAACGAAUUCUCCAACUGUGCGACUGUCAGGAGGACAAUUCACCCUGCGAGAUCAGAUACGCGGUCUCCUCUACGUCUUUCACGCAGAAAUUCAUGUCUCACGUGCUGGAGAAGCUGAGAGACGGAAAAGGAAAUAUCAGACACUGUUACUCGUGGGCUGAUUCUGAUUCUCUCGCCGAUUCCUACGAAUGUUCCGGUUCCACGUCUAAAGCUUGCGCAACUGGCAGCCAAGCUUCUUCAACCGACACUUCAGACGAUGUGUUCUGCACAUCUCCGGACACUCCGUCGUGCGACUCGACGUUUCCAGGUCUAGACGACAAUUGCGUGGACGACGUUCUGGGCGAUGGGAUUCAUGGCCAAGACUUGACAGACAACGACUGUUACAAGGAGAUACAAUCUCACAUCGAUUUAAAGGUUGCCGCAGAAAAUGCAGCCUUCGAUACAGUCAGCACCGAGGAAGCAAUCAGAGCUCUGAUCAGAGACAACGCUAAUUUCCCCGACAAAACGAAGAAACGUCUUCAGGAGUAUCAGAUGGACCUGAACCAUCGAUCUUCAGCCUGGCAAAGACUCCAGAUGGAAACAGAUCUAGACAUCUUGUCAGGAUUGUUGUUCGAAUGGCUAGAGACGUUGAAACAUCCUCUGUUAGACGUGGACAGUUUAAGUUACAUCGUCGUUUGGAGCUCGAAGCCAGAUAGAUGCCUGGAAAAGUUACCCACGUGGAACAGAUAUCUGCUGGAGUAUCUGCUACGAUUUAUCAGUCGUUUGAGACCGAUGACCGCUGAGAGCCAGAGCUUGAUAACCAACAGAUUUAUGUCCACUCUCACGCAGCAGAGUAUCUGGAUCAAGAACAGCUUCUAUCCUUCGAAUAAGAAUUUCCCCAAGCUACGACGAGGAACGGCGGCGAAGUUGAAUGAAUUCUUUAUCAGGCUGAUGAAUUUGAUCGAGGAGGUGAAUACGCAGGAAGCGGAGAAACCGUCGUGGUCCUCGAAAUGGGAUUUACUGUCCAGCCAAUUGAAACGUGUGGACAGAACGGAGGAGAGACGAGGAGGGAAGGACACACCGAACGAGGGAUGA